GUCCACCGUGAGUCGCGACAGGGUUUGCAGCGCAGCUCAAGGACACCUCAGCGACAGCUCGACUCCCAGCGCCCUCUCCGCCAUGCGCACCACUCCUCCAGGCCGUCGUGUGGCGCCCUCUGACAACGCAGCCAGAGGCACCGGCCGCGGCGGGAAUCGGUUGCGCCGGCUGCAGUCCCCCUCUGCCGUGCAGCGGAAGAGGGUGCUCGGGCAAAGAGAUUACAGGCGAGGUUAUUUCAGUCGUUUUGCUGCACAGUUGUUUGCAGAUCCAUUUGGCAGCAACAGAAAGAAGGCUAGACAGCCUCAGAAACCAAAGACAAUGCCAUUGUACAAUUCUCAAAUGGAUCUUUGCAGGGACAUGCGCAGCUUAAGUAUUUCGGACAUCAGUGCUGCAGAUUUGAGUUUCUCAGAGAAAGGAGACUGGGAUGGAGAAGAUGGACUAGCAAUGCAAAUACUGACAGCAACAUGGUUCGAUGAUUUAUCAUAUAAUGAUGACAGUGGCUGUGGCAGCAGCCGAAGCAGCAGCAUCAGCAGUGGUUGCCGUACAAGCUCAUGGGGGUCUUUAUCAGCAAUAUUCACUCCUCCAGCUCCAAAAUUUUCUUUUGAGUUACCGGAACCCUCUCAAGGACUGGACAUAAAAAUUGACCUGGGUACUUCUAUCCAGAAUUUUCAGACUGCGGUGUUACCAUAUGGAAACAUUGAUAUGUACAUGCAGAAUCGUUCACAAUACCACCGACUUGCCCAGGCUGAUGAUGACAAAGAAGAGUUUAAACAGGUGAAGUGUUCCUGCUGCGGCUUCAUGUACAUUGUGCCAGCGGAUCAGUAGAAAAUGCCGAGUGAUUGUUAAAUGUGAUUUCUGAGGCUGUGAGCUUGGUGUUGUAGUCUCCGCAUUAAAUUUUGCAGUGUUGUGAACGGACUAGUUUAUAGUACAAAUUGUAUUUGUAAGGUGAUUUAAAGAAAGAAAUAAUCACUGUUUUAUGUGACAGAUUUUAUAGUUUAAAAUUGAAAGGUAUUUUUGUUACCAGUAUUAAAACUAAAUUUUCUUGUGCUGAUUGUGUGAUGCAGCCUGCAAAAAUUAGAAAUCAGUGAUUCAGUAAUGGAAGAACAAUCAGUAGUGUAGCUUUAGUUUUGUGGAUUACAAUCUGGAAGUAUCAAUUCAUAUGGUGCCAAAAUCUUCCAAACUGUCUAGUGUGUCCACAAUAUUUGUGCUUUCAGUAACUCUUAAAAUGCAUUGUGUUCAGAGUUUGUGUUAACUUAAAUGUUAUAUGUUUAUUAUUCAUACAUACCACAAACAUUAAAGCAAUUCCAGCUUUGUAAAUUCAUGUCAUGUACGAAAUUGCUGCAUAGACUACCUGAUAUUCGUCUAUUUUCAUAGUAGUGUGCCAAAUAAAAAGGAAAUAGGUUUUGGUAUUAUCAAACACUGACUGAUAGUUGAUAAUUUCAUUUAGUCUUUGCAGCGAAUACUAUAGUAUUUAGUGAAAUGCUUGAGGUGCAGUGCAAUGACAUUGCUUGUAAUACUUCCCAGAAACAUAUGAAGUGUCAUGAAAGGUGUUUGAGAGUCUUAAGUCUCAGAUCAUAACCACUGGAGUAUUGAUUUCCAAAAAGACUUAAUACAAAAUGACAUCAUUAAUUUUGUAUUGUUCCUAUUUAUAUCAUUGAUGACCUAACUUUUACAAAGUUGUUAAAGUCUGAAUCUCUGUCACUCAGAUUUGUGGUUUGUUUGUUCAAUUCUAUAGUCACAAUUUUAGUUUAUUAUUGUUUUAUAAUAGCAAAAAUUUGCAAGCAGUUCUUGCAAGAUAUUUGCAUCGUGCAAUACCAAACAACCUAGUAUUACAUACAUACAUUCCUGUUUUUUGUUCAGUGUAUAGCUUUAUUUUAGAAUGGAUUGUUUUUAGUGCCUGUACUAUUACAUAAUGUAUAACAAUCAAAUGGAUUUGGGGCAUUUAAAGGGUUGUGAUGACCAAUUUCCAAACAAGAGCAAAUAUUUGUGUUUUCAUUAAAGCAGGAUGCUCUGGCAUUGUGUAAUAAAUAAGGUACUAUAGUUUUAUCCACUAUGCUCAACAGCUCUGUGAUAUAAUUUAUAUAAAUGUUAAACAUUCACAGACAUGACAUGUUACGGCUUUGCAGUUCAUUGCACUUAAAAUACAGGAAAAAAUGCAAGUCUGUGGAAAUACUCAUAUCUUGCCAUAAUUUGAUCUUUCACCUUAAGGAUAAAGUUGAAGUUGACUCAGUGAAGAAACUUCUAUAGUGUGGCUUUACCCUAUCUAUUCCAAAUCAGAUCUGAAAUGCCAAAUAAUACUUGCAUUUUCUUCUGAUGUAAUUUUUCCAUAUGACAUUUCUGUUCUGUUUUAUCCACUGUUGAAGAAAUAACUGUUAAAUGUGUAGUUAGUGGAAUGUCAUAGGGAAUCUCAUUGUCUCUAAAUUUGUAAAUGAUCUCAUGAUGAAAACAAAUUUUUAAUUCAAAGCCACAAGAUGAAAUUUGACAAGAGGAAUAUUUUUUUACAAAUUUAGUCUUAACGGAUGUUUAUGGCAUCUACCUUUGUCAUAUGGACAUGACUGAAGAGUUACUCUGUAGUAUUAUGUGUGAAGUAAAUUUUAUAAAUAUUUGUAAUUGAAUACUUGCUUAAUAAAGGU